AUGUUUAUGUGACUCUUAUUUGUUUUAUUUCUAAAGUGAAUCUGCAUAUCUACUUUGAGAUAUGAAUCUGCAUCAUAUUCCAGUAGAUUAAUAAGAAGGUGUUUUUUCUCUAGUUAAAAGACUUUAAUCUCUUAAAGCUUUGGUGACUAGUGGUAUCUUUUUUCUAAAACUUUACAGCAAUACUUAAAUGGGGAAAAAGAUGUAACUCUUGCUGAGGUCUUAAAAGAGAUGAAUAAGAAUAAAAAGAAUGAUACAAGAGAAGAAUGGGUCGAACCACGUGCUAAGGAUACAUAUGAAGGAUUUCAAAAAAGACUUGGAAGAUUGGCAUCAAACCCAACCUGCUUCAGAGGAUGGUACCAUGAUCCAACCAUCGCCUAUAGAUAUGACUAAAAUAUGGACAGAUGUGGAAGGUGGUCCAAAGAAAGAUAGAACCUACGGGUUUAGAGUUCACCAAUCCUCGAGUAGUCCUUCCCCAUUAUUGCCCAACUCCUCUUCUACUUCGCAAAAUAUGAAAGAAAUGAAAGCAAUGAGAAAGAAAAUUAAAGUGUUGACGCAACAGUGUGUAGCUAAUGAUGCUAAAGUUGCCAAGUUUACUAAAUUUGAUGAGUUAGUCAAAAAGCACAGGCCUCAAGUAUUUGAUGAUGAGGAAGAGAGUGAAUUUGAUGAUGAUUAGAUUGUAAUUGUUGGUUCUUGUUUUUUAUUAUGACGUUUAGACUUAAAGUUUUCUUGGAAUGUUUAAACUAUUUGGCUCGA